ACCCCUCCUUGACAAUGUCAGGGUCUAACACAGCAUGGACUUGAAAAUAAUGGUUAGUAACUUCUUCACUCUUCUCCUGGUAGGCAGAAGGGUUAACUGUUUGUUUAGAUGCUGUGUCUCUGGGUGUUUAUUUCCAGUCGUAUCGGCGUAUUUGUGGUUGAAAAAACCCAUCGUGGGUGCAGGCUGCAGCUGUGUGCUGGUGUGCCUCACACGGGCUGCGAGUCUCGGGUAUCCAGGCCACAGUGAUGUGCGAUAGGAGAGCUGCUGAAGUCUCCACGAUACACACUUGCAGCUGUCAGCUUUGCAUAAUCCACGCCAUUUUUAAGGUAUCAUGGACUCAGCGGAAAAAUACAGACGACGGAUCGGGUUUUGGCGUUGCACAACUGCUGUCCUGGUUGUUGCUUUGCUGGCGGUUGUGGCGGCGCUGGUGGCAGUGGUGCUGAUGAAGAACAAAGAGAUCCAACGCCCGUACACUAAUGUCUCAACCAUGCCCACCUCAAGAUGGCGGUUUACUGACUUCCGGCGACCCUGAGUCACCGAGUCCGUUUCACGACAUCACCAGUGCGGAGUACAGCAAACUGUUCUCGUUCCUCAGAUCCGUUCCAAGAACUUUCUCUCGCCGACCCGUCCAGAGCAGGCAUCAAUACUUCUAAUAUUUUCAUGUCCGAUCUCCUGGUGCCGCCCAAAAGUGAUGUCCUCAAGUUCCUGGAUGGCUCAGGGCCCCAGCCGCCCCGUGAGGCUCGCGUCCUUAUCUUCAGAGGAGAUAAAGCCCCACCUGUUGUCGAGGAGUACCGAGUAGGGCCCUUGUCUGACCCCACCUACUGCACACUGAUUAAGAACCCUGUGCGCCGUAAUCCUGUGCAGUUCGCCUUCCGACCAGUGGGAUUUGUGGAAUACUUCACUGCCGUCGAAUAUAUCAUGAAACAGGUUGACCAAGAGGUGGGCUUCAUCCUACAGGAGAGCUACGAGGCCACGUUUACAGACUGUGGAGACAAGUGUCUCACUACCUACCCCACCCCCAUCGGGUCGUCCCUGCUGAGAAAGCUGCCAGGAGAUUCUGGUUGUGGGGCGACUACCCAGUACCUUCAUCCACUAGACUUUGGUGUGCUUGCCAAUGUGGACGGCAGCGACCCUUCCUUGUGGAAGAUAGAAAAAGUCUGGUACGCUGGGGCCUUGUACGAGUCCACUGACUGAACUGGCCGCACGGUACCGAGACAUCAGCAACCCCAUCAACAAGACUAAGGUGCCUUUGUGUCCCCAUCACGUGACCUUUACUCUACACAGAACCUUCGAGGAUCCCCAGUGCCCGCUACUCCAAAACGUCCCCCUUUGCAGGUUGAGCCUGACGGUAAACGCUACACCAUCAAGCACAGACACGUGAACUACAUGCAGUGGGACUUCGACAUCCGCCUGUCGGCCUUCAAUGGCCCUCAAGCCUACGACAUCCGCUUUAACGGCGAGCGGCUGGUGUACGAGUUGGGUCUGUCGGAAAUCAGCGUCUACUACUCGGGCGACAACCCCAUCCAGAGGGUCACGGACUUCGUGGAUAGUGGCGCCCUCCUUGGAAUACAUUCCAAAUCAUUGAUUCCCGGUGCCGACUGCCCCGAGGGAGCGACGUUUCUGAAUACAAGUUUUCUGGGCGAGAGGAUGGCGGCGGCCACGGAGCUGGCACAGGCCACGUGCGUCUUCGAGCAGAACACGGCGAUGCCGCUACGUCGCCACUUGUCGUACGCCGUAGGUGAGGGCGCCUUCUACAGCGGCAUGGCCAGCUCCGUGCUGGUCGUCAGGUCCAUCCUCACUGUCGUCAACUAUGACUACAUUCUCGACUUCGUCUUUUACCAGAGCGGAGCCCUGGAGGUACGCGUUCACUCAACCGGCUACAUCCUGUCCACGUUUUACAGACCUCAAGAGGCUCCCUAUGGAUUUCGACUGGCUGAAAACAUCAACGGCAACAUUCAUCACCACAUGUUUCACUUCAAAGCUGACAUAGACAUCCUUGGAACCAGCAACCGCUACGAAACGUUGGAUAUUUCCACUGAAAACGUUAAUCUGAGGCAGGCAGGACCCGAUAGACAGUACACACAAAUACGCUUCUCGCGGCACCUCCGCAGGUCGGAGCUAGACGCCCUCUACAACUACAACUUCGACUUUCCCAAGUACCACCUCGUCUACAAGGAAGGGCAAAACACAAAAUAUGGGGUGCCACGAGCAUUCAGACUACAUCAGACUGGAAUGUCCAAGCAGCUGUUGCCCAAAGACGUUGACAACGAAGCCACCAUCCCGUGGGCGCGGCAGCAGCUGGCGGUAACGGUGCGCAAGGACCACGAGCAGUUCAGCAGCUCCCCCUAUGCCAUGUUCGACAGCUUCGACCCCGUCGUCAACUUUGCCAACUUCUACAACGACAAUGAAACCAUCGUAGAUCAGGACCUGGUAUUCUGGUUGACGCUCGGUACCCACCACAUCCCACACACAGAGGACCUGCCCGUCACACCCACCCCUGGAGGAACUCUGGGCUUCUUCCUGCUGCCCUACAAUUAUUUUCCAGAAUGCCCUUCGGUGUCAUCACGUGACAACAUCCGCGUGGAGUACGUCAGUGCCGGUCGUCCAGAGGACGGGCUUCGUGUGGAAAGAAACGGUAACAAGAUUAACAGAGCGUGCGGUGCCCAGACUCUAGAGGACGUGGCCAGAGACCGGCCCGACGACCUGCUGCAGACCCACAGAGACUUCAAGCUUCUGUAGCAACACACAUGGACGUCCACAUUCUCCAGCAGCUGACUUAACAACAAUUAAACACAUGGACUUGCAGCUCUAGGAAUGCAUACGCGGGACUUCAAUACCUCCACCUUUAAAGACGCUUGCUUUGCAAAGCUUAUGUAAUGUCAGCAGCCUCCAUUCUAUUCACAACCGCUGUGCCUCUCCUGUCCAUCGCCAGUAAAUGACGAUUCUUACAACAUUCAAAAUGUCUCCGACUGUUAGACCUUGUACACUGUAAUCAGUAGUUAGCAGUCUAUAAUCAUUUUAUAGGAUGGAUCGUUGAUUUUACACCUGUUUACGUUCAUUUUCAUCUCAUUUUCACAUUUAUAUUCAGGCCACUAUAAUUAUUGCAUUAACCUGAUCUUGAGCAUUGUUUGUGGAAAUUUGAUGGCUGCUCAACGUGAGAUCAGCACAUCUUUAACAUAGAACAGACUUACCCACUUGUUAGAAUAAUAAUAAAUGGAAAAUUUGUAAAGCGCAUACUCACACUCCUAAAGAGCAUGCUCUUAGCGCUGAAGAACAAGAAUGAAAGAUGGACAGCAUACGAGCGACAGGAAAACAAACAAAUGAC